ACUCAGCAUAAGCCAGGGCUAUUGCACCAGCUACCUAUUCCAGAGACCCCUUGGUCUUCCAUAUCAAUGGACUUUGUUGGUCCAUUCCCCAUGAGUAUGGGGUUGUCAGGGACGCAUCCGGGGUGGAGGGGGCCCGGAUGUAGCGCCCGGCAGAGGGACCCUCUUGGGGAGCAAAGCGGGCACGUGUACUGA